AAAUGGGCGCAGAUGGCGUUAAAAUCAGUCAUCAAAAUGCAUAUCGCCAAAAACUCCGACGUGGCCGCUCUCAGGCUUCUCUCUGAUUAAAGUAACACUUUUAUUUAAAUAACAUAAAUAUAUAUACAUUUUUUUGACAUUUACAACGAGGAUAUGUUAUUUAACACUACACUUCUUUCCAUUUCUGGAUUCCACAUUUGAAUUACUCGUAAUGCUGCUACUCCGUAAUGUUCAAAGCGUUAUGUGGACUUAGAGUUGCACGGUCUGCACUUAAAAUGAAGUAGAUAUAUGUUUGUUGCUCAAGAUGGAAGAGAGAAGAAAGCAGAUUUGUUAUAAGGCAAUUCAAAAAGUGUAGCUAUAACGAACAGACUGACAUUCAGAAAGUUCCGUACGUAUAGUUCAUAAAAAACACAUGAAAUUUAACUUCCUGAUGGCAGCAAUUGAUAAAGUCAAAAUUAUCGUAGUGGGCGAUUCUGGUGUUGGUAAAACAUCUUUGACGCAUUUGAUAUGCCAACAGCAACCUAUCAGCAAUCCUUCCUGGACAGUAGGUUGCUCAGUAGAAGUCAAAUUACAUGAGUACAGAGAAGGAACGCCUAAUCAGAGACGAUACUUUAUUGAAUUAUGGGAUGUUGGUGGCAGUCAAAAUCACAAAAACACAAGAUCUGUGUUUUACAAUCCUACAAAUGUAGGUAUAAUACUGGUCCAUGACUUAACAAAUCGCAAAUCACAGCAGAACUUGCAGAAAUGGCUAGAAGAGGUAUUAAACAAAGAUGGGACUUUCUCCAAAUCCAAAUCAUUUGAUGACUUUGAUCCUGAAAAGUUUGUGGGCUUAACUCAUAUUCCAAUUUUAGUGAUUGGCACAAAGCUUGACUUAAUUCCUGAAGUAAAAUCCAAUGUACAUAGACGUUCCUCAACUAUCGCAGAGGAAUGUGGUGCUGAUGAAAUAUUUUUGGACUGCCGUCAAAUAAGAUCUUUAGCAGCUGGCUCUAGUUCUUCUGUAAAGCUCAGUAGGUUCUUUGAUAAAGUUAUUGAAAGACGUUACUAUGCCUCUAGAGAAGGGUUCAAUCUUGACAAACGCAGACCACCAUUGUAUUCUUCUUCAGUCUACACAAAAUCUUAUCACAAUGACUAAGCAACAUGUAGGGAGCUUGACAGAAUAUUCUUAUUCUACAUUACUUAGGAUAAUUUUCGAUUUUGUAAUAUAAUAUCACUGCAGAAUUGUGCAAGUCGAGUAAUCGGGUGUCACAAGGUAAUAAUCAUGCAUUUCUUUAUCUACAUUCCUAAUCUUCCUACGGAAGUGUUUUGUCGGAUGUGCUCAAGAUACGACUGUGAACAAAGUAGAUAAAAAGAUUUAUAUAUACAUGUCUGGAUUUAAGUAGCCAAGCGCUCGUGUGCAGGUAGAGAACUCUUUAAACUGAAUAAAAAAAUUCUGUCAUUUUGUAAAUUACCACAGUCAUUACUGAGACAUAAAUAAUCGUGGUAAUUUAAAAAUGUUAGAGGAUUCUUCUACUUUUUAUAACAAUUUCUUAAUCCAUUCACUCUGUAUAUGUACAAGUUGCUGUCUCUUACGGUUGAUUAUGAAAAUAUACUAAGCUCACAAUACUUUCCAUAUAAUUAUGUUAUAAGACACAUUG